GAUUUGGAGACAUACAAUGAUUUUUUUAACACUCGCAGUAGCAUUUACAGGGACCUAUAUUAUUUUCGUAAAAUAAGAAUUGUUGCUUUAAUGAUUAAAAUAAUAUUAACUAGAGCAAAUGAUACUAAAUUGAUACCUGUAGACAUGGAUAGAAAGGUGACUAUAUCUGAUGCUGCUAGAAGUAUGGCUGCUUACUGACAGUGUUCUUACUCUCAUUAAAUCAGCUGUUAAAGAUCCUCUUGCACAAGGACUGUUAAAAUGUUUGGACACAUUGAAAUAUAUUGCACAAAUUGGUUACAUUGUACCACCAGAUAAUUGGAAUAAGGAUCCAGACUACUUAAAAAAAGCUAUUGUAAAAGCCACUGAUAGUGAUGACAUUGAAUAUGAUCUCAUAAUUGAUCCAGUCCACAAUGGAUAUUGUGGAUAUGAAGCAUGGACACAAUAUUUUUAUCGUGAUGAUGGCUCAACUGAUAAAUGGGAAGAAAAAUGGGCACAAAAGAAAUAUCAUGCUAGCUCCCCAUGGCGUGUUUUCCUUGUCAGUGGUAAUAGAAAAUUGAUGGCGGCAGUACAAGAUGGAUUGCAAAAAGUAAUGGAAAAUGAAAAGAUUAAAUUUGGGAAAAUUUAUCCAGCUCCAGAAAAUUUUGAUUUGAUGCCUGAUAUCUCAUGAUGUGAAAAGGUUUCAAACUUUCAAUGGCAUGUGUGAAAUGAAUUUCAAAAAUCUACAAUUUAAUAAUAAUGCUCAGUACUUAGUGUAGAACAUUUAAUGCACAAUGCUGCCUAAUUAAUAUAGUGUGUUAUAGUAACAUAGUAAACAUAUCUUUUGAUUUAAGUCAUAAUUAUACAAUUAUAAAU